GGUUGUUGCGCCCCGAAUGCGCACGCGCGUGCGCAUGACCUCUGCUCGGCCAAGACCUACGGCCAGCACGACGGAACACGGCGAUGCUGUCGACAACAGCCACCGCCGCGAAGCGAGAGAAAGGGCAAACAUGCAAAAGCAAGCAUCUGCACAUGAACGCACAGGACCGAUACAUCCGAAAGGGAGUCAGGAAAGGCAGAACACUACCGCCGUUUUUGCCUGCCGAGAGCGCUGUGCCCUUCCUAGCACCGCCACGUGCCGCCGCCUGGUCCACCAGGUGUGACGACAAAUUUGGCCUGAAGGUCAUGCGUGCCAAGUUGAAACGGGAGGAGGAGGAGGAGGAGGAGGAGGAGGAGGAGGAGGAGGAAAAUGAGGCGGAGGAGGAAGAGGAAGAGGACUCGGCCCGGCCAAGGCUGCUGGGUGGUGUACAAUCGCCGAUCUCUGGUCGGACUCCAGCGUCGCGAGGAUCAACAAGCAAGUCGCAAAAAACGGCUGAUUAGCUUCAAGCCCAGCUCGUUAUGCGAGCAUGCCGCGAAAAAGUGCCAACUGAACAGGGCGGCGCCGCUGUAAGUGGUGCGCCUAAACUUGGCGGAGACAAGUCCCCUUCACGGAGAAGUGGAGCUCCACCGAAGGCCCCAAUGGCCCAAUGGCAGGGGUCGCAUGGCACUGCCGCAUCCAUCCCUGGGCCGUGUCGGAGGAGGCGGAGGAGGAAGAGGAAGAGGACUCGGCCCGGCCAAGGCUGCUGGGUGGUGUACAAUCGCCGAUCUCUGGUCGGACUCCAGCGUCGCGAGGAUCAACAAGCAAGUCGCAAAAAACGGCUGAUUAACUUCAAGCCCAGCUCGAUAUGCGAGCAUGCCGCGAAACAAUGCCAACUGAACAGGGCGGCGCCGCUGUAAGUGGUGCGCCCAAACUUGGCGGAGACAAGCCCCCUUCACAGGAGCACGCGAUGCAACAGCGCGAGUAGAAGAAAAGGGGAGAACAGAAUGCGUGGCUCGAUGGCCAAACGCGAGACUCAGACGCAACGCUGUUGCGUAGAAAAAAUAUAAACAGGCACUCGCUCGAACGACGACAAUGUACGAUCUGAUCAUAUUACUGCUCCUGGUUGUACUGCCGCUGCACCUUCAAGUACGGUCCUUUCAAUUGACUGCAGUCGGCCAAAAGCCUUG